CACACACUUGAUCCCCACCUCAUCAUCCAUCCAUCCACCCGUAACAGUAUCUCUCGGGUCAAACAAAAAACGACACAUUCCACUAAGUUCCACUGCUAUUGGAGCGUGAUGCCACCACCACCUCAGCCAGCGCGUGGAGAAAGAAAUUUUACUCCCAAAGAAAGCAUUCUUUAGGAGAGGUGUCGCCAGUUACAUCACCACCAAAAUCUAGAGUCUUUAACCAAGCGCCGCCGCUCCCUGCCGCCGCCAAUGGGGGUUGCUGAACCCGUGGUUAUGCAGAGAGGCGAUGAAGGAGAAGGAGAGAGAAAGAACGAGAAAGAGGAUGAGGGAGAGCUGAAGGAUUUGGAAAUGGGGGAGAUGAACAAUAACACGAAUGGAGGAGCAGCUGCACAGACAUAUCCCCCAAACGCCGGAUUUAGCAUGUCAAGAAUGCAAAGAUUGAGCGCAACAAAUCCUUUGAGGCUUGUAAUGAAUAAUGCAACAAGAGUUGCUUCUCCUUCUCAAGCUCCUCGACCUCCGCAAAGGUCUCAGCUUCCGCCUCGCCCUUCUCCUUCGCCUAAUUUGCACCACCAACAACCUCGCUCUGUACCUACUCCACAGCCAUCGGUGGCCACACUCAACUCAAGAUCAUACACAAACAAGAUCUCCCUCUUCGUAUUCACCCUCCACACAGUUUUAGCAGUCGGGCUCAUCGGGUUCUUGAUAUUUAAGGGCAUUGAGGUCCUGAUCGGGCCUGGACAGGCCCGAAAUCAAGAACAAAAAGUCCUCAAAUACUUCCUUCCCCAGGUCGAAGCCUCAUCACUCCUCAGCAUAACACUCGCCUUCGCCUGGCAAAAGGCCAUCCGCACGUGGCCUAAAUUCACUGUCCACUUCAUAAUCUGGAGCUCGUUUUUCUUCACCUUGACAGCUGGCAUUCUCCUCAUCUGCUUCCAGCUGCCGGCCACAGAUGGCAUAGGCGUCCUCUACAUCGCCUUUGCCAUCGGCAAUGGGCUUUACGCCUGCUGGGUUUCACAAAGGACUGGGUUUUGCUCAAAAGUCUUCAUCAAGGCCCUCGAGCCCGUUUCAAAAUUCUCGGACAUAAACCGUCCGACUUACUUGAUGCUUGGGGCAGGGUUCUUAUGGAUUUCGUUCUGGAUUUUGGCUGUGAUUGGGGCUUUAAGUUUUUACGUUCCGCCAUUGAUUAUACUGGCGUUGGUCUUGAGCCUGGCUUGGACGGCCGAGGUUAUGAGGAAUGUGGCUAAUCUGACUGUUAGUCGGGUGGUUGCGCUUUAUUAUCUGAGGGGAAUGCAGUCGAGCACCCAAUUCUGCUUCCAGAGGGCUCUUUCUAAUAAUCUGGGGAGUGCUUGUCUUGGAUCGCUGUUUGUGCCGACUAUUGAGGCCUUGAGGAUUGUGGCACGUGGGCUGAAUUUGCUAGAGGGAGAGGACGAGUUCAUGUUUUCGUGCGCUCAUUGUUGUCUUAGGGUUAUGGAGUCCAUCUUCAAACGUGGUAAUGGGUGGGCUUAUGUUCAGAUUGCUGCAUAUGGAAAGGGUUUCGUGCAGGCAUCUCAAGACACAUGGGAGAUGUUUACGAAAAGGGAUAUGGUUGAGGUUGUCGACUCUGAUAUAACGAGCGCCAUUUGUUUUCUCACCGGAAUUUGCAGUGGCUCCAUCUGUACAAUAGUUGUGGCUGCUUGGACGGCCUCUGUUCACAGAGGCUACAUUGCAACCCUCUCAGUGCUUGCUGCCUACAUUGGUUACCUAAUGACUAGGAUUGCAAUGGCAUUGCCCCAUGCAUGUGUGAGCUGUUACUAUGUCUGUUAUGCUGAGAAUCCCGAAAACAGGCUAUUUGAUGACACAAUACCAAAUCGUAUCGAGCUGAUAAAGUCGGGUCGAGAUGUGGUUGUACCUACGCCUCGGGUCCCACGCCGCUUUCAAAGAUAGCCUUUUUUUUUAUUAUUAUUGAUGGCUCGUGUACAUACACCUAGUCACAGCAAUAAUGAUUUGUAUAUAUGUAUUUUUUUGUUUUUAGUAAUGCAAGAAUAAGUAUUCUGUAUUGAUGUAGCUGUGGAUUAAGUGAGCGUUUAGGGUUCAACACGUGUCAGUGUUUGAGUGGUUCGAAAGGGAGCUCUCAAAGCCAAUAAUGAUUUAAGAUUUCAUUUCCCCACAGUAAGUUCUUUUGAAUAUAGGAAUGGUGAGAUUCUUAUCAACAAGGCUGGCUACAGAGAGUAUAAAGUGUGCCCUUUUGUGCUGUCUUUUAUGGGAAUUAUUUUUUGGACAUUGGUUUUUGGAUAGAUGAGAUUUUGGGUUGUCAACAUUAUAAUUUAUUUGGUGUGCACGUCUUGAUUUAGGUGGUAAACAACAUUAUAGUUUAUUUGGUGUGCACGUCUUGGUUUAGAUAUGCCAGACUGUAUAGUAAUUUCUGAAUCUAUAAUGGGUAUUGUUUAUAUGUUUACC